GCCAAUCAAAAGACGAAUCGAGUUGACAAUGAAUGUAGCAACAAGCCGCAUGAUCUAGUGGAAGCCAUUUCUCUUUCCUCUUAAGAAAAGCUUCUUGAACCAGUAGAAACAUGUCCGACGUGGGAACUGAUGAUGGGCCUUCUGCGAUCACUGCAGGAGGUCCUAUGGACGUAAAUACAGCACUACAAGAAGUUUUAAAAAAUGCUCUUAUUCACGAUGGAGUAGUUCAUGGUCUUCAUGAAGCUGCUAAAGCAUUGGACAAGAGGCAAGCGAUGCUGUGCAUUUUAGCUGAUAAUUGCGACGAACCAAUGUACAAAAAAUUAGUUCAAGCACUUUGCAAUGAACAUCAAAUUCCACUUAUUAAAGUAGAUAAUAAUAAAAAAUUGGGUGAAUGGGCUGGACUAUGCAAAAUUGACAGUGCUGGCAAAGCUCGUAAAGUCGUUGGAUGCUCUUGUGUUGUUAUUAAGGACUUUGGAGAAGACACGCCAGCUAAAGAUGUUUUGAUGGAAUACCUUAAACAAAGUUCUGUACAUUAAAUCCUUUUAAUAAAAUAUUCUACAUAAU